AUGGCGUCAAGGAGUGCAAAUCGGCCUGAUUGUAGUUGUUGUAGCCCUGUUGCUGUAUGCAGUUGCUAUUACUUUCUUGCAUAUUCAGUUCAGACGAAAAGUACCAGCCAGGACUGGAGAGAACGGACCAGAUCCUUACCUGGACCUAAAACCCAGACCCGAGGCAGGCAGGACAUACCAGGAGAUGGCUAUCACCUCAAGGGCUUCUUCCAAAAAACAGGAGAAAGUCGUCUACCAUCACCAAACCUGUUUUAUGAGAACCAGAAUGUUGCGCAGUAUGCAAACAAAAUAAAAGAUGGUGCUGACAUGGACCUACAACCCAGACCCGAGGAAGGCAGGACAUACCAGGAGAUGGCUAACAUCUCAACGGCUUCGUCCAAAAAACCAGGAGAAAGUCGUCUACCAUCAUCAAACCUGUUUUAUGAGAACCAGAAUGUUGCGCAGUAUGCAAACAAAAUAAAGGAGGGUGCUGAUUAUGAGGAUGUACUUACUCCAAAUUAAGAUAAUUAGAAGCUUCAGAAAAAACACAAUUUAUAUGUCAGCCAUUUGUCAUCUCUUGAUUUUCAUUUUCAGUAAACAACAUAAAUGGAUUAAUUCGCAAGCAAUACAAAAUCCCACAUAAUAUAUCAAUUAGAUGAUACUAAACAUUGUCAAAAUUAAGUGGAAAAAAGCAUUACUUUUACACAUAGAAUUUAGGAAAAUCUUGUAGAAUAAAGCUUAAAAGAUACAGGUCUACUCUUAGCACUGUGUUAGUAUUACAUUGGUUAUAGUAAUAUUUUAAUCAAUUGAAUUUUGGACAAAAUUUUGUUUACCAUGCCCCAGGAUCUUUCAAUAGUUAUAAAUAAUCAGACGUCAUUGUUAUGAAAUAUGGUACAUACUGUAUAAUGAUAUACAUUUCCCUACAUGUGGAGGUGUUGUGUAUGUGCGUGUGUCUGUGUGUGUGUGUGGGGUGGGGAAUAUCGGGUACUUGUCAUUGUCCCAGUAGCCAGGUAGUUAUCGGAGGUAAAUUGUCCUACGGUUAGUGUCCGGGGGGAGAUGUCAGGUUGUAAUUGUCCUUGCAGAUAGACUGAAGACGACCUCAAGUAUGUAUGGAAC